AUGGCCGCACAGUCCACGCUCCGGCCCAAACAAGACCGCCUCGCGACCCUCUUCACGCUUUACGUGGACCGCUUUCGGGCCCGACUACGCCGCUCCACAAAGACAACUAAAUUCAUCGCCACGGCUCUACUCCUUCUAUCGAUAGUCGGGUCUGGAUAUGGGGGUUAUAACUGGUUUUGGGCGAGGGCCAAGGACCGCGCCCAGGGGAGACGACUGUUACGUCGGAAUUCGGGCAUUCGGGGCAAGGAUGGUUCUCGUACCAUUUACGUGCCUUAUCGGAAUUCUAUGACCUCCAAGGUCAAGAUCUAUCCAACAAAGCCGACAACUUUCGAUGCGCACCGGAGACUGUUCUUGAACCCGCCGGCGUCGGCUCGUGUCAGCGAUGGGGAGGCAGCAAGUCAGAUCCCGCCUCCGACGACGAAACCGGGCUUGAAUCUUGCCUUCCUUCAUCAGUUCCUCAGCCUGGGUAGUAUCAUGGUUCCAAGGUGGAAUAGCAAGGAGACCGGUCUUUUGAUGAGCCAUGGUGUGUUUCUACUGCUAAGGACAUAUCUGUCGUUAUUGAUCGCAAGGCUGGAUGGAGAGAUCGUGCGCGAUCUUGUCACGGGCAAGGGACGUGCUUUUAUCUGGGGUAUCUUCAAGUGGUGUGGCAUUGGGACUUUUGCGUCAUACACCAAUGCUAUGAUAAAGUUCCUCCAGGCCAAGGUGGCGAUCGCUUUCCGGACGCGUCUAACGAGAUACAUUCACGAUCUUUAUCUUACGGAAAACAGCAAUUACUACAAGCUAAUGAACCUUGAUGGUGGCAUUGGCCAGGGCGCGGACCAAUUCAUCACGCAGGAUCUGACAGUCUUCUGUUCUGCGGCCGCUGCACUGUACUCGUCUAUUGGGAAGCCGUUGGUGGAUCUUUGCGUCUUUAAUUACCAGCUCUAUCGGUCUCUAGGACCGCUGGCUCUGAGCGGAAUUGGUGCUGCUUAUUUCAGUACAGCCACUGUCCUGCGUAAGCUGUCGCCGCCGUUUGGAAAGCUCAAGGCUGUCGAGGGUAAGAAGGAAGGUGACUUUAGAGGUCUGCAUUCCCGACUACUCGCAAACGCGGAAGAGAUUUCUUUUUACGGUGGUGCCGAUGUAGAACGCUUAUUCUUAACGCGGAGCUUUAAGGACCUCCAGCGAUGGAUGGAGGGUAUCUAUAGCCUCAGAAUCCGGUAUAACAUGCUGGAGGAUGUUAUCUUGAAAUACGCCUGGUCCGCCUUCGGAUACCUGAUGACUUCCUUGCCUGUUUUUCUUCCUGCGUGGGGCGGUCUCGGGGGCGAGAUGGAAAUGGUCGACGUGCCGGCAGCAAUCGGUCGGGAACGUGGUCGCAUGAAAGAAUUUAUCACCAACAAGCGUUUGAUGCUCUCCUUGGCCGAUGCAGGUGGCCGAAUGAUGUACAGCAUCAAGGACAUUUCAGAACUGGCAGGUUACACAUCCCGUGUAUAUACCCUCAUCUCUGCGCUGCACCGGGUCCAUGCCAGCGCCUACUAUCCUCCCCGGGGGUCUAGCGCAGAGCUCUACUCUCUAGCUGAUGCUCAGGGAACCAUUCACAACGGCUUUGAUGGGGUUCGUCUGGAACAGGUUCCAGUUGUCGCUCCAUCGCUUUACCCGCGCGGAGGUGAUGAGCUCAUCGAGUCGUUGUCAUUCAUCGUCCACUCUGGUGACCACCUCCUCAUCUCAGGUGCUAACGGCGUUGGAAAGUCCGCUAUCCCUCGUAUUAUUGCCGGUCUGUGGCCUGUAUACCGCGGGCUGGUCAGUCGUCCUAGAGGAUUUGGACUCGAUGGCAUCAUGUUCCUUCCCCAACGCCCUUAUCUCAGUGUCGGAACUCUACGCGACCAAGUCAUCUACCCUCAUACAGCGAUUGACAUGCAGGAGCGGGGCACAACAGAUGCUGAACUCCAGAAGAUUCUGGACGAUGCUCGUCUCGGAUACCUGCCCGCUCGCGAGGGGGGUUGGGACUCCCGUAAGGAAUGGAAAGAUGUCUUCAGCGGCGGCGAGAAGCAACGAAUGGCCAUUGCGAGAUUGUUCUACCACGAACCACGAUAUGCCUUCCUCGAUGAAGGCACCUCAGCUGUCUCGUCGGACGUCGAGGGCUUGCUCUAUGAACAAGCCAAACAUCACGGAAUUACCCUGAUUACGAUCUCCACGCGCGCGUCCCUGAAGAAGUACCAUACAUAUCACCUGGCGCUUGGUCUCGGGGAAGAGGAAGAGAACUGGAGAUUCGAGCUGAUUGGCACAGAGAAGGAGAAGCUGGGCGUUGAGAAAGAGUUGCAGGAGCUGCGGAAGCGUCUCGACAGGGUGGAUGAGUGGAAGCAGCGGCGAGAGGACAUUGAGAAGGAGCUGAAUAGAGUCUGGGUUGAGGAGGGGGAGCUUGCUCCACCACCGUACGAGGAGGAAGUGAAGGAAGAGAAUCAGACAGGAAUUUAA